CACAUAUGGAAAAUGUUUGAUUUUUGUAGAAGGUACAGACAUUUUUUCAUAUGGCCAUUGAUUUUAGCAAUCCUCAUAAAGGUAAGAAUAAAAUGUAAAAUGCUACCAAAUGUGCUAUAAAAAGUAUGAUUGUCCUAACCGAGUGGCUCAGCUGGAGCAUCACCCCGUACACCAAAAGGUUGCAGGUUUGAUCCCCGGUGGGGCAUGAAGGCGGGAGGGGCAACCAAUCGAUGUUUCUCUCUCACAUCAGUGAUUCUCAUUCUCUCUCGUUCUCCCUCUCUCGUACUCUCAAAUCAAUGAACGUGUCCUCGGGUAAAGAUUUUUUUAAAAGUAUAAUGACGUGAAUUUCUAACAACUUUCUAAAAUAAGUUCAGGUUGCCCAAGAAUAGGUGCAUAAACUUAAAAUAUGCUUAUUUUCAGGUUUUUCAUAGGAAGGGUAUGUGUCAGAUGUGUUCUUUUCAUGCAUUUAUGACCUGUAGUUUAUACCAUGUAAAUGCAAAAAAACAAAAAAGAAACAUUUUUGAAGUAAUUCACUAUUUACCCUUUUUUAAAAAAAAACAGUUGACUAGAUCUUGACUUAAUGUUCAUACCCAGAUAUACUGAUGGAGGAUUUCUAAUAACCUUAAUUUUUAAAUGAUUUUAUCCAAAUGUCAAGAUUCUUUUUUUCACAACCAAAUACAUAAAAUUUACUAGUGGAAAAAUCUGUAUUAUAGGUUAUUUUUACAUAUAUUUUACAUAUUUUUACAUAUGGUAGUUUUUAGUGUCAACCAAAGGUCAGGUCAUUGGCGUGAAUUCAACACCAACAGGAAUUCCCAGUUUGGGUGCAGUGAAGAAGGAACAGGUCAGUUGUGACACAGCAUGUCUGUGCAAACAGCACUGCUGUCGGCCCGGGGGCAGCCCCUGGCCAGCCAGCCAGCUCCGAUCUGCUCCAGAGGCCUUUGCUGCUUCAGCUCCAGCCCAGGAAAGGCAGUGCUGUAGGGAAGCACACUUUCCGAGUCAGGGGGAGCUGACUUGCACAGACAGAAGUCCCCCCGGACCCUGAUUGGUCUGUCCUCAUGCAAACGAGGCCUCCAAAUCCUCGCAGUUUGAUUGGUCCAAAGAGCCCUCUCCCAAUUGGUCAGAAUGGAGGCUGCUCUCUAACCACUGAGCCACACUGGUCGGGGCAGAAUAGUAGAUACAGUGGUACCUCGGUUUUCCAAUGUCACCGUUGACGGACAUUUCAGUUUAGGAACCCCGUAAGCCUGGAAGGAAAUGCUUCAGUUUUCGAACACACCUCGGAAGUCGAACAUGCCCUGCCGCUUCCCCUGAGGACAAGAUCCUGAGGCCCAGCUGUCGGCUGUGGAUCCCUCGGUUUUCCAACGUUUCUGAAGUUGAACGGUCUCCCGGAAUGGGUUACAUUAGAAAACCAAGGCUCCGCUGUAUUUUUAAAACAGCCUUGACCUCUGCAGUUAGUUUUCCUUUGUCACAAAGAAAUAAUUUUCUUUGCUAAUUAUAGCUCUGUAUCUAUUUUUUUUAAAUAUCCCUUUCUGUUCCUUUUUUCCCCCAAAAGAUUUUAGGAGCCCUACACACUUGAAUUUAUUGAUUUUAUAAAUAAAAUCGACCAUCAUGGUUAAACGAGUUUCCUGAUUUUCUUUGCUAAGAAAAAUUUCAUCUUCUUGCUAAGUGAUUUACUACUUUAACAUUACAUUAAUUCAUUCACUUAGUAAGUAUAUUGAACAGCCCUUAUAUGAUAGGCCCUGUUCUAGGUUCAGGGACACAGUGAGCAGGCAGACAUAAUCCCUGCCUCAUGGAGCUCACAAUCUAGUGGCAUAGCUUUCUUGCGAAACAUCAACAUUUUGUGGUGACAUUUGGUAAGUUUUAUAUGGCAGGUCCCUUUUGAAAGAAUAUUUGUCUUGGGGCCUUGGCUCCUCAUUUUUUAAGUGGGGAAGUCGGACUAGAUGAUCUCUAAGUUUCUUUUCCAUUUCAGAACUUCCAUAUUUUGGAAGUUGGAAGCUGGUUUGCCACUAGAGCCUUAGGCAGCUCCACCCACCCCGUCAAAGCAGUUCAUUAUAGAAAAUUUUAUAAGAGAUAUUUGGCAGGGAUGGUGGCACAAAUAGGUAAUGAACAGUAUCAAAUGCUCAGGAAACUCGAAUGAGUUAAGGAAAAGUUUGAGGACCAUUUUUCUUAGUAUUUAAGAAGACAUUGCUGACUAUAAUAUGAACAGUUUCAGCAGAAUAAUCCCGUUGGGUUAGGGAUCGAAUAAGUGUAGGCAUUGCCUAUUCCUUUGAGACCCCGUUAGUGUUAAAAUGGGAAAUGUUAAAGCUUAGUCUUGUGACUACUAAGACUUACUUUCCUGUCCGUACUUGUUUCUAGAUAUGUGAAUUUCCCUGUUUUAAGUGGUUACCUUGGGAGAUUUAUCUAGCAUCGAUAUUGAUGUUAACCAGAUAAUGAAUGCUCGAGUACUAUGUGAUACAGUUGGAACAGCUGGUUCGAUGCCCAGAACUGAAUGCUGUGCUCCAGCUGUGGCCUCACCGGUGCUGACUAGAGAGGAAGAGCCACCUUCAUAGCUUACAUGUGAUUCCUCUGCUUAUACAACCCAAUACUGGAUUUACUUACUUUGGCAAGAUAGCUGCGUUGUGCACUGUAUUUGAUGUUCCGUGUACUGUAACCCUGGGUCUUUCUCUGCAUCGCUGCGUUGAACCCCUAGUCCUGCCCAUCUAAAACCCCUGCCUUUGUUUACCCGCCCUGUCCCCCACCCCCACCCUGUAGACUCCCCCUACAUUCAUCCACAAUGAAUGUCAUCUUUACGCUCUCAUUCCUUUCCCCUCUAACCUGAAACUUUGGCAGAAUUGACCCUGUCUUUCGGUUGUCGGUUGUCAGCCAUGGUACUUUCCUCCCUGCUUUGGUUAUGGGACCGCUGUCAAGUCUCUCCUCCGGUUCUUCCCCCUCGUCGUCACUGAACAGCUGGCAGGGUGGAUUUAGGAAGCACUCGCCUGGCGUUUCUCCCCACGGGGCCCUGUGCGCUCCUCUGAUUCCCCGCCUAGUCCAGUCGCUCCCUGCGAUUUGUUGUUCUGUCCAGACUCCCUGGACUCCUCCUGACCUCUGUCCCUGUGACCUCAUCCAAGGUGCAGUGUCUCUCCCGGCUCUUCCCCCAGGGAGGGGACAGUAACCGUGUUUACCGUGGACAUUCUAACCAUAAGGAAAGCCAUCUUCAUUGUGAAUAGAGUAGCCUUUAGUCAUUGUAAGCAAGUUCUUCCCCCCCCCCCAAGAUAUUAGUUUAAAAAGAAAAUGCUAGAGCUUAAAUUACUAUGACUUUCUCAGAUGAAUGAGGUAAAGGAGGAAGGAAGGGAAGCAAAGCUUUUGUUCUGAGCAGGAAAUAGCAACUGGUUCUCCAAGAGAAGCUGAACUGAGGUUCCUGCUGGGUUUGGUGCAGCUGUCAGAAAUGGGAGGUGAGACUUUGUUUCUUCUAGACUCUGGAGCCGUUGUCUUAAUUUUAGACUUUAGAGUAGGUUUUUAAGGUGGUUUACUUUGGACUGUUGACAGAGACACAGUCAUUUAAGUGUAUGCUUUGGUUCUUCCUUUAGAGUGUGGAGGUGUCACCUGUCUGAUGUAUUAUGGGUGAUAAGAAUCGGAAGGUCUCCAUAUGUCCUUUUUGUCCAUCCCUAAAUCCCUCCAGUUUGACUAAAUCCCAGUGUUUCUUACAGUAGCAGUCAAGCUGAGGGUUUUUUGUUUUUUUCUAUCUUAGUCAGUGUGUCCUAUUUAAACAGCCUCUCCUUGGAUCUGUAGUCUUCACUGAACCCAGAAGGUACCUCAUGUUUGUUUAUGUUUUGAGAAAGUUAAAGUCAAUUUGGAAGUCUUUUUAACAUUAUUUCAGCACAUCAAAUUUUAUCAUAAUGAUUUAGGAUUACCAAACAUUUUCCCUUCAGACCCCUACUAAACAUUUUACAUAUCAGCAUAUUAACUAUUCAAGUGUAUUACACAAGUACACUACAAAGUAAGAAAUAUAAAAUAUAUCAUCUGACUGUUCUUCCAUAUCUAAAUCCAUUAGAUAUGGCUAGUUUUCUUAUUCUCAGUUGCAUAAGUGAAAAUCUAAGCUCAGUUUGGUUGUUUCAAAGAAAGCAAAUCGUUUCCAUGGUUUCCCACUCUAUCGUCAGAGCUUGGUGGCUUUGUUUAUGCCCAUGUCACGUCCUCAUACGUGCGGCCCCUUUCUUCAAAGGAACAUCAGCUGUGUUUCCUGACUUCGGCAGUAACCCCCAGGGACAGAGCCCACUGAUCCCUUUCCUGUGCCGGAUUCUUUUCUCCAGGCAGCCAGGCAGUCGUGGCACACUUCCCAUCUCCAUUUAUGGCCCUGAAGGGUGAGAGGGACACGGCUGGGACUCUCCAUUUACGGUCCUUGGAGGAGUCGAAAAGAGUGGUUGGGGUGUUCUUGGAGGCAGCAACUAGGCAUCGUGAGAUAAAAAUAAAUUGGCAAGAGAUGUUUGCAAUUCCAGUUCCAGUCUCUGCAGGGAGGGCAGAGGGCACGCGGAGAGGGGAGAGUAGAGCCCACUGAGAACUGCCGCAGGCCGUUGUCUCCUUCCACCGGGAGGGCUGCCCUUGACGCACUUCCCGAGUUCUUUUGUUCUAGAGAGUUUUGUGUCACGUGUACUUAUGACCAUCCUUUACGAAGAGAAGGAAGGAGCACGUUUAGAGAGUGUAUUAUCAGAAACCUCAGUGCUUUAAGGCGUCCCCUGAGGCACCAGCAGGGAUCUGGAGAGGGCGAGUGAGGGAGGUGCUCAUGCAGGGGGCAGGCUGGCUGGUUUGGGGACAGGGUGCUGCUGAUCACUGCUCUGUUGUGUCUGAGGAACAACAGCUAAGUGUCAUGCUUUCACUCUUCCUUUUGCCCAUCUGGGUUUCUGGCAUCAAGGGACAGAUCUGCAAAGUACUUUAUAGAGUGUCUCCUGGUGGUUUGCCAGCUGCGAUUCAAAGGCACUGAACUUUCAUGGAGGCUCUAUGAAGACUUUUGAGUUCAGUUUGGUGAGAACAGGUGAUGUGUUGGCUUAUGGAAAGUCAUCGCACAUGUAGGAGACAUUCGUGGUCUGGCUAAUGCACAUACGUGAAGUCUGAGGUGAACUGGUUUUGCGCAGGCGUGUUAGAAAGUAUUUGAGAGUCACCAGAGAAAAGGGGACUUGUCUCAAGAAAACUCAGAGUGCAGCCCAGUCCAGUAGAAGGAACAGCGGAAGGCAGAGAUGGGGUAGAGACUGAAAGCGGCCAAACUAAAUUUGGAAGCUGGGACUGAGUCCUGGGUUUAUCCUUUGCUGUAUCAUACAAGAUAGCAUAAGGUGUGUCAUGAAACUGAGGAAACUGAGCUGACAGUAAGAAGUAUGCCUUAGAAGACCAUGAAGAAAAUGGAAGGGCUGUGCAAGGCGAUGAGCUUACCCAGGUUUUCUGUGUGGACUUGCCUGAUGGUAUGGAUUUGCUGUGCGCUACAAGGCAGAAAAAGAAGUGAAAUGACAGCCCACACCUCAUUUCUCCCCCAGAAAGGAAAUUAGUGGCCUCAUUUGUUGGUUUGUUUAGCUGGCAGUGUGACUUGUUAGGACAGGCUAGCCUUAGUGGCUCAGCUUUAGCCGUAGGCGUUGGUGUAUUGCUUCUGGAGAACUGGUGUUUGAGGCCAGGAAUCUGUAGCAUUAUUGAUUUGACCUUUUAAAUUUUAGCAUCUUCCCCAAAGACAGGGUGAGUUAGUAAGGAAUACGGACUGUGGACUGUGUUUUUCUAGUCGAUUCGCUCAGGCCAUUGCUUUGACCCUGCAUGCUUCUCAAUCAGGAGGAAGGAAGGGCAUAGCCCUUGCUUUGGGGAACUGUCCUUUCUGUCCCCCCCCUCACUUUUUCCACAUUCCGGCACAGCAGCAGCUCUCUCUCCUGUGGCAGGUGUGCAUCCUAUUGGCUGGCUGGUAUUUCUUGUUUUUCUUUUUUUUUUUUCUUCUUCUUUUUAAGUGGGGGAGGGGGUAUAAAAUAUGUGUAUGGGGUACAUGCAAUAAUGUUGUAUUGGUUCUUGUUUAACAGAUAAUUAAUUGCAAAAUGAUUGUUUGAAUUAUAACAUGUUUGAGUUAAAUGCUAAAUUAGUAUUUUUUCUAAUAUAACAAUGAAUUUGAAAUCUAGCAUUCCUGUAACAAUGUGUCUGUGUUUGUCUGUCUGUGUCUGUCUGAUGGUAAUUAAUGUCUGUGGUCCGGACCUGGAGGAGGAAGGACAGCUCUAAAGGAAUAACAAAAGACUUUGUGUCUUAGACCCUUCGCAGGUGUUACAGUCGGGUGAAAGAACAUGGUGUUGGGAAAAGAAAGAGCAGUUACACAUUUGAACAGUUGGAACAGGUGUUUGGUCAGGGAGGAUGGGAUGCUCAGCCCUGCCAGCCUGUACUUAUUAACAGUAGUGGCUUGUACCAGGAGCUGGAGUCAGAUGGCAGCGCUAUGGAGGAGUAUUCACAGGAGGACUGGGGAAACCACAGUCAGGAUCUCCAUGGCUACCCAACAGAUCAGGAACUGGAUGAAAUACCUGUCACAAAGAGAACAUUAAAAAUAAAGCAAGAGUCUUCUGAAGAAGCACAGAAGAGAGACAUCAUGCAAAACAUUGUCCAGAUUUUGGAAUCAGUGCAGUUGAAAUGGGAACUGUUUCAGAGCUGGACAGACUUUUCAAGGCUUCAUCUUUCUAAUAAACUGGCUAUAUUCGGGAUUGGUUAUAAUACCCGUUGGAAAGAGGACAUCCGCUACCAUUAUGCUGAGAUCAGCUCCCAGGUGCCCCUUGGCAAGCGACUCCGCGAGUACUUCAACUCCGAGAAGCCCGAGGGACGGAUCAUUAUGACCCGGGUGCAGAAAAUGAACUGGAAAAAUGUUUACUACAAAUUUUUAGAGAUCACUAUUAGUGAAGCCAGGUGCCUGGAGCUGCACAUGGAAAUUGACUGGAUACCCAUCGCCCACUCCAAACCAACUGGGGGGAACGUCGUUCAGUAUUUAUUGCCAGGAGGCAUUCCCAAAAGCCCGGGGCUCUAUGCCAUUGGCUAUGAAGAAUGUAUGGAGAGGCCCUCCUCGCCCCAUAUGGAGCAGAGUGCCCUGGACCCAGGAAAGGAGGGCAGGGUUGACUUGGAAACCCUAUCAGCACAAGCCUCAUUACAGGUAGAAAUGGAACCCACCCGAAUUAUCUAUUGCUACCUCGGGAUCGCUGAGGUUAGGACUCUGCAGCAAUGCCUAUUUUUACAUUUCCAAGCAAAUACCAAAACCUUCAGCAAAGAUUGGGUUGGUAUUAAUGGGUUUUUGUCUCAGAACUGCAUUGUGGAUCCUGGAGUCUCCCCCAAAUCUAUCUACAUCAAGUUUGUGGAAGUAGAGAGGGAUUUUCUUUCCGCUGGCUCUUUAGUUGAGUGCCUGGAAAAAGCCAUCGGAUACCCCUUAAAAUUUAACAACUGAAUGUCAUCCUUCAUAAGGAUUUGGGCUCUUCCCUCCUCUUCUCACUUCCCAUCACCCAGACUGUCCCUCAUCCAGAUGCUGCCAUCAGACUCUUCAUGGAAACUCUUUCCACGACUGGGCCAGUACAACCUCUACAGAAUCACGGUAGACUUUGAGCAAACAAAACAGACCUCACCCGAAAAUGCUCAUUUUGAGCCAACAAGAUUUACAGCGAACUUGCAUGGUGGGUCAGCUGUUUCUUUUUUAAAAACAAAAAGUUUUUAAAUGGAUUUUAGAGCCCUGAUAUAAACAAACAUAGGUACAUUCCAUAUUGGACAAAACUUAUACUUUGAGUUUCAUAUAAAAUUGAAAAAUUGUAUUUUUUUCACAAUGUUUCAUUUUUACACAUCUCUAUGUCUCUAUAUAAGUAUUAUUUACAACCCUGAAUAAAUAAGCAAUAGAUAAUGGCAAGUUAAAUCUUGAAUCACAGUAAAUAAGACUGUUUUUCAAUAUCACCUUUAGCUACUAUUGUAUAUAAUUUAGAGUUUCAUUUUUUUCACCAACCAAGUGUUUUGCUAUUUCCAAUCAGUGUUGCCUGCAAAGACCUUUGUUUCUGUGAUGUACCAACUUUACAGUUGUGUUGCCGUUUAAACUUUUUUAAAAAAAAAAAUUAAAGUAAUUCCUGGCC